UACAGAGGCCGGUCAGGUGGGGAGGCGACGGGUCAAUACAGGUGACACACCGGCGCUCAGCUGACGACGUCUGCAGCCUCUGCUGAAGACCCGGAGCAGUGGACAGACAGGAAGAGAGAGGGGGGGAAAAGGAAAGCCGGCACUUAUCUUCCCCCAAGUUUAUGGACUGGAGGUGGCAAUGUCUCCAGGAGAGGACGACCUGAUUGGGAUCCCCUUCCCGGAGCACAGCAACGAGCUCCUGUCCCAUCUCAAUGACCAGAGGAGGGCGGGACUCCUGUGUGACCUCACGCUGACCUCCCGCGGGGCGCGCUACCUGACCCACCGCUCCGUCAUGGCCGCCGUCAGCCUCUACUUCCGCCAGCUGUUUGGGGCGGAGGAGGUGGGAGGGCAGGGAGGCCGGGAGGCCGAGGGGGGCGGAGGAAGCUUCCGCGUGUGCCAACUGGACUGCGUGGCGCCCGACGCCCUGGACGCCCUGCUGGAGUUCGCCUACACGGCCACGCUGACCAUCCGGAGCUCCGGGAUGAGGGACGUGCUGCGCGGGGCCCAGCUCCUCGGGAUCAAGUGCGUGGCCGACGCGUGCAGGGAAAUCCUGGGGGAGACGGCGGAGGCGGAGGUGCAGGCGGAGGAGCGGGCCCAGCACGCCGAGAGGGAGAGAGCGGCGGCGGGCGAGGGCCGGGCGGAGAAAGGCUCGAGGAGAAAGACGGACAGGAAAAAGGUGAAGAAAUUCGAGUCGCACCCCGCCGCCGUAAGCCCGCUGCCCCCGCCGCCCGCCAUCUCCCACCGCUCCCCUGUACUGGAAAGCCUCCACUCCCUGCCCUGCACCCAGCCUCCUAGCCCCGAACGGGAGGAGCAGCAGCACCACCACCACCACCACCACCACCUCGAAGCUGGGCAGAACGGGGACCCCGGCAGAGGCAGAGCCGCGGAGCAGAGGACCACCGUGAACGGGGGGGUUCACUGGCCACGCAAACAACCCCCUGGAGCCCACCCUCCGCCUGCCCCACCCUCAAACGAUAGGCUGUCGGAGAACGAAGAGAUGGAGGGUUUCGGCAUCGACGGUGUCGUGGCUCCCACCACGACGAUCCCCGCCUCUGUGGUGGAGCGAGGGUUGGUGGCGUCCGCCGUGAGCGGGGGCAGGAAGAGGAAAUCCCAGACGCCUCAGCAGUGCCCCGUCUGUCAGAAGAUCAUCCACGGGGCGGGGAAGCUGCCCCGCCACAUGAGAACCCACACCGGAGAGAAGCCCUUCCAGUGCUCCGCCUGCGGGGUCCGCUUCACCCGGAAUGACAAGCUGAAGAUCCACAUGAGGAAACACACCGGCGAGCGUCCCUACCCCUGCCCCCACUGCCCGGCCCGGUUCCUGCACUCCUACGACCUCAAAAACCAUCUGUCCCUGCACAGCGGGGCGCGGCCCUUCGAGUGCCCGCUGUGCCACAAGGCCUUCGCCCGCGAGGACCACCUCCAGCGUCACCGCAAGGGCCACAGCUGCCUGGAGGUCCGCACGCGCCGGCCCAGGCGUGGGUCCGGGCACGGGGAGGAGGGCUCCGGGGAGGGAGGCGGGAGAGAUCGGUCCAGCCCGCUGGAGCCUCACCCUCUGCAAGCCCACUCGUCGGCGUUCCUCCCCCGCAGGCUGCUGAGCGGGGGAGGAAACGGGUCCGGCGCCGGCCCCAUGCUGAUGUUCCAGGGCGACGUCGAGAGGGAGAGGUCUCUCGCCCUUCAGGCGCUGGCCCACCUCGGGACUCACGGGGUGCCGGGGUACCCCGUCCCUGACCUCCUCCUCCGGGGCCUGGAGCCACGAGGGGCCAGGGAGGCCGAGGAGGAAGAGGAGCCAGGAGGAGGACACUCUCCUGCUGUUCGACAUGACAGAUGGGGAGAGGAAAUGGGAGAGGAGGAGGAAGAGGAAGAAUAGUGUGGGUGUGUGCGUGUGUGUGUGUGUGUGUGUGUGUGAGAUUAAGUCUCCGGAUUAAAUGAAUAAAUAAAAUCUCACUCAGGUGGCCGGACGAAAUGACCCGCUGCUCAAUUUAGGGAGCGCUUAAAAAAAUGUAAAAAAAAAAAAAAAGAUAUAAAAGAUGCAAAAAGAAAAAAAAUGUAAACGGGUUUUCAAAUUCAUUGUAAGUUUGUUUUUGUUCCUUCGUUUCUUUGAAUUUGAUUCUAUCCGGCUGUUUUUUUUAUCUGUUUUUAGUUUGCUCUGUAACUGUUUUGUACUUGAUGUCCGGCCUGUUCCUUCGUUGCUUUGGAGCCGCCGCCGCCGCCGGGCGUGCCGGGCGUGCCGGGCGUGUUCGUCCCCGGGACGUCUUUCUGUCACUAUGCAAACUGAAAUCCAGUGCUGACACGCGCAAGAGUGCUUGAAAAAUGUAUAUUUUGGUCAAAUCACACAAUGUAUUGAUCCAGGUGCAAUUUAGAAGUCAUAUCAGGUGGGAGAGGACGAGUUGGUGUGCGCAGUGACCUCUGCUGGCCGCGGGUGGGAGUACAAGUCAAACGCAAUCAGGGUUAGCUCGGUGGCUUACAAGCAAUAAUGCUUUUCCAACCUUUCUGGGUAAAUGGCGGGAAUAUUCCCUGUUGCCGGGUGCUUAAACCAAAGAUUUUAGCUCCACUACGUCUUAAGUCGUAAGAGGGAGAGGAGAGGUGGGGUCGUAGCCAUAGUUGGGGUUGGGUUAUUUUCCCCCAACCGUUUUGAUAGCCAUGAGAGAGGAACUACUUCUUUUAUGUGAGUGUCUCUGAGCCACGGUGCUCUACAUAAAAUGCCUGACCAAAAAAAAACAAAAAACAAAAAAAAAACACCAAAAAAAAAACCAAAACCUAACAAAUUCCGGGUCAUUUAGUAAUUGUUUAUUAGAAAUAUGGGUUGCUUUUUGCGUGUAAUUUUUUUUUUUUUGUAUGUUGUGGACCAUUCCUCCUUUCCAAAAGGCUGUCCUUCAGUCUUCCAAUGCACUCUUUUGCAUUUCCUUGUUUGCAAAAAAAAAAAAAAACAAACAAACAAAGAAAGAAAAGAAAAGAGAGAAGGAGGCGCCGACGAGCAGAACCGCUCACCCUCUCCUUCUCUAUUUAUUUAUUUAUUUUUUUGUUAUUUAUUGGAGGCGUUUCUGUUUAAAACCUGUCGCGGGACCUAAAUCAGGGGGCUUGACAUGGGACACCUACGUACGCAGAGCAGGGGUCCUUCCGAUUCUGUUUUGGGUUUUUUUUGUUUUUUUUUAUCCUCAAGUCUUAACGAGAAGCUGCAUUGUGUUUGACAUGUCGGUGGAACAUCUCCCCCCCCCCCCCAAAACAACACCAAAAUGCCCCCUUGUAAGGGCUUUUAUGUGUCUUCUGUUGGCAAUUCUUCCGCUUACGCAUUCUUUGCACAUUUGGAACCGACCCCAUCAGGUACUACUGGAGCGAACCGGGCACAUUCCAGCCUCUGGGGCAGAUAGGAGAGAGAGGGGGAGGAGGGGAGGGACCAGAGGAGAAGGGUCAAGAGGGGUCAAAACCUUUCGCGGAGCUGCAACGCCGCAACAAGCCGUCGCCGCUCUGCUGCUGCCGGGGUGGAGCGGGGGUGGAGCAGCGGGGGUGGAGCAGCGGGGUCGUGGCUGGUUAGUUAAGUACUGUAUGACUCGCCUCGGCAUGGCGGUCCUUUAGUAGUCGGACCUCCGUAGAGUCCAGGGGGCCAUUGGCGUGUCUCGGAGCACCUCCUUCGUGCUCUCCUCGGAUGACCCUUGAGACUAUAGUGGCCGCGAGGGCCUUUUGCAGAGAAGUAGGCUGAUAAUGCCCCUUCUCCACCACGUGGUUCCGGCUCGGCUCGGCUCGCUUCUGUGUCGUUUUCCACUUCUGAGUCUGAUU